CAAAAUCAGAACUCGUAAGCCGAAGAAGGAAAUCCCCUUCUCCCUCCCUCUCUCUCUCUCUCUCUCUCGGACUCUCACACGCACAAACACAGAACCUUAGCUCGAGUGUUUCUCUGAGUUGCAGAGAUGGGGAAGAAGCAGCACAGCAAAGACCGGAUGUUCAUAACGAAGACGGAGUGGGCCACCGAAUGGGGCGGCGCCAAAUCCAAAGAAACCCGCACCCCCUUCAAACGCCUCCCCUUCUAUUGCUGCGCGCUUACAUUUACGCCGUUCGAGGACGCGGUGUGCACCGCAGAUGGAAGCGUCUUCAAUGUUCUGCAUAUAAUCCCGUACAUUAGGAAGUAUGGGAAGAACCCUGUAACGGGAGCUCCGCUUAAGCAGGAGGAUCUCAUCCCACUAACCUUCCACAAGAACUCCGAUGGAGAGUAUCAGUGCCCUGUGUUAAACAAAGUUUUUACUGAAUUUACACACAUAGUUGCUGUGAAGACUACAGGAAAUGUGUUCUGUUAUGAGGCAAUUAAAGAAUUGAACAUCAAGACCAAGAACUGGAAGGAGCUCCUCACUGAUGAACCAUUUACUAAAGGAGACCUUAUAACAAUUCAGAAUCCUAAUGCUCUAGACAGCAAGGUUCUCCUGGAUUUCGAUCAUGUUAAAAAUAGUUUGAAAAUUGAUGAUGAAGAACUCAAUAAAAUGGGUUCCGAUCCAACUUAUAAUAUAAAUGUCACGGGGGAUAUCAAGCAGAUGCUGGAGGAGCUUGGAACUGAAAAAGGAAAGCAAACUGCACUGCUUGGGGGAGGUGGCAGCAAGGCACAAAAUGAAAGGGCUGCUGCACUUGCUACAAUUUUAGCUGCCAGGUCACGCAUUAAAGAAGAUUCUGAAUCAAAUUUAAACGGAGAGGUUAGAUCUCAGACUUACAGUAUCGUAGAUGCUGCGUCUGCUUCAGUACAUGGAAGAAGUGCCGCUGCGGCAAAAGCUGCAACAAGUGAUAAAACCGCUGCUAGGAUAGCUAUGCACAUGGCUGGUGAGAGGGCACCUGUGAAUGCAAAGAUGGUAAAGAGUCGUUUUACUACUGGUGCUGCUUCACGGUCCUUCACUUCUACCUCUUUUGAUCCUGUCACUAAAAAUGAAUUUGAAUAUCUCAAAGUUGAGAAAAAUCCAAAGAAGAAAGGAUAUUUACAGUUGCACACAACACAUGGUGAUUUGAACAUUGAGCUGCACUGUGAUAUUACUCCCAGGGCAUGUGAAAACUUCAUCACUCUCUGUGAACGUGGCUAUUAUAAUGGAGUAGCUUUCCAUAGAAACAUCCGGAAUUUUAUGAUUCAAGGUGGUGAUCCUACUGGUACGGGGAAAGGAGGUGAAUCUAUAUGGGGCAAGCCUUUCAAUGAUGAACCGAAUUCCAAGUUGCUUCACACUGGAAGGGGUGUUGUUAGUAUGGCAAACAGUGGUCCCCACACAAAUGGUUCCCAGUUCUUCAUCCUUUACAAGUCUGCAAAUCAUUUAAACUUCAAACACACGGUUUUUGGUGGAGUUGUUGGUGGCUUGACUACCCUGGCAGCAAUGGAAAAGGUUCCAGUUGAUGACGAUGACCGACCUCUGGAGGAGAUUAAGAUAACUAGUAUAACAGUAUUCGUCAAUCCUUACACAGAACCCGACGAAGAAGAAGAGAAAGAGAAGGCCAAAGAUGAGAAGAAUGCUGACGAUGAAGAAAAUGAUAAAAUUGGGUCAUGGUAUAGCCAUCCAGUUACAGGAGGAGCAGAUUCUGGAACUGCCAGAGGUGGUAUUGGAAAGUACUUGAAAGGAAAAAAUGCAGGAGGUGAAUCUGCUGCUGUUGACAGUAGUCUAACAGCGAAUGCUGUAGCAAAGAAAAGGAAAUUAAAAGUCUCAACAAGAGAAUUUGAAGAUUUUUCUAGUUGGCCAGCUUUAUGACAGUAAAAUUGAGGUAGGAAAAGUGAAAGAAGACCGACAGAAAGGGGACAGUAGGCUGCAUUUGAAUUUUUUCAGGCUGUAACAUUGAGAUGCUUUUGAUCCGAAAUUGUUUAUAUUUUUUUCUUUAGAUUGAAACGCAGUUUUUGUUCCAAAAAGUGUGGUCCUCCUCUUUA